AUAAUCGCAAAAAUUCAAUCAAAAUACGUGUGUUCUCUUACGGGUGGUGACGAAACCGAACCGCAGUUAUUUAAUAUUCCUUCUGUCUUUCUCGGAGAUACAUUUAAUCAACGAAUCGAGGCCAUGGCAUUCUGGCUUUAGGCGAUCCGCUAAACAAAGAAGCAUCUUCCGUCAACAUCUAUCAUGAACAACUUGAAAGCCCCGUCGCUACACUCCCUGCUCGAGUCUGAUCAUGGAUCAUCGAACGACAGUCUGCUGGCCGAAUCACUGCAGCUGGAUAUCGAAGAGCUGGACGAUGAAGAGUAUUCCAUUCCUGCUGUGGAUCAGCUCCCAACGCUGGAGAGUGUUCUCAGCGAAAUCGAUAGUGACCUGGAAAGCGUUUCGGCGCUCGGUAGGACGGUCGUUGAUGGUGCAACGACGAAUGGGCGCGGUGGAGAUUUGGGAUCAACACCGACCCCUUCGAUGGCCGAGGAUUACAUGCGAAUGGAGUCGAUUCUGAGGCAUGUGGUGUUACAAGGAGUUACGGCACAGGUUACAUCCGCGGUGGAGCGCGUCGAUGCUGGGCUGGCCACGUCAUGCACGAUUUCGCAGAUGAUUGCCGUAGGGACAUCGCAUGGGCACAUUUUGGCGUUCGAUUGUUCCCAAACUUUAAAGUGGUGCUGUCAGGAUGGAGUCUCGCAAGGAGCGGUUUCGGCAUUGGCAUUCAAUGAGGAUAACACAAGAUUGCUGGCUGGUUUUGCCAGAGGGGGUAUACUGAUGAUUGAUACUCUUACGGGAGACGUGAUUCGGACGUUGAAUGAGGUGAUAACACCGAAUACGGGGGUGUUGCACCUAAAAUGGACGAACAAGCCGGCGUUGGCGCUUUGUUCGGAUUCCGGUGGAUCGGUGUGGAGUCUGAGCUUUACGAGACGGCUUGGAAUUCGUGGCUGUGAUUCUCGUUGCUUGUUCAGUGGAGCUCGCGGGGAGGUUUGCACGGUGGAACCACUUUUACUGGGGGACGAGGAACACCCGUUGAAAAACUAUACUCUGGUAGCAUUGGCGACGCUGAGCAAAUUUUUCGUCGUGAUGAUCCGUCCCAGACUGAAGGUGAUCAAAUUUCAUCCAAUGGCUGGAUAUCCGGAUUGUUUACCACUGCUCGCGUGGCAAAUGGUGCUGAUACAAGCUGCUGACUCUUCGCGAACCAUUGAUCCGGUUUUGGCAGCAGCUCGCGGAGCUGAUUUAUAUUUCCAUCAAAUCAGCUACUGUAAUGGACGAAUUUCACUCAUCUUCCUGCGACACAUCCAUCUGGGAUAUAAUUUGCUGGCUUUGCACUGGCUUGGGCCCAAGACGAUCGCCUGUCUGGACACCAUGGAAAUGCUUCAUCUGUCUGAUGUUCGUACCAAUAAGGAAUUGGAAUCGAUCGAUCUGUCCAACGUUGGGCUGAUGUACAAUUCCGCCCAGUUCAAGGGAUUAGCCACCGGGGGAAACGUGUCACCGGCUCUUGCGCUGGCUGGCGGAUCGGCUUGUUAUAAUACAGUUAUCUCGCAGGGCAGCCAGCUCUAUCUACUUGCCGGCAAGAGUCUGCACGGGGUAAGUGCAAGGGCUUGGAGCGAUCGGAUUUCCUAUCUGACGUCGAUGCAGCGCUGGGAAGAAGCCAUCGAACUGGCUGUGGACGGUUACCGGGCUGCGGCAGGUCGCCAUCGUCGGCUUGCGGUGGCCAAGGAGCGAAUCCUGCGGAUGUUUGACGAAUAUUUAAAUGCAACAAGGAAGACGCCGGAACUGUGCCUCGAAGCGAUGGUGGCUUGUCUGAUCGAGAUCAAUGAGAAGAACCUCCUUUGGCAAGAGCUAUACGAUCGCCUUCCCACCACGGACCACUACAUGACCAUCAUUGCGCGGCACAUCGAAAGCGACGAUUUGAGUUCGAUUGCCCCCUCGGUGGCACAGGUUCUUUGUGAUUAUUUUCUGCAAAAACGGGACAUCAACCGGUUGGAAAAUCUCAUCCUCAAGCUGGAUUGGCAGUGCUUGGAUCUGCACCAGGUCCUCACCAUCUGCCGCAAGGAGAAGCUCUAUCGAGCGCAGAUGUAUCUCAAUACCAAAGCACUGUCAGAUUACGCGGUCUCACUGACGGAUUUGAUUCCGAUCAUUCACGAACGUGAUGAUCCCCAUCUGGGCAAUUGCCUGCUGGUGUACGUGUCCAGUUGCCUCGCCGGUCGGGGCUAUCCCACUGGGGACAUUGCACCGGAGAUGAUUGCCACGGUGAAGCAUGAAGUGCUGCGCUGUCUGACCGUGAUUCAUUCGAAAAAUGCUCCCGAAGGCGAACUUCCCUACCCAUAUCUGAGAACGCUUCUCGAGUUCGAUACACGUGAAACGCUGAAUGUGAUUUCCCUCGCGUUCCAGGAGAAGGAAUUUAACGGAGAACUGGGAUUGUCCCAGCGUCAGCGGAUAAUCAACAUUCUGCUGGAAAUACUCACCCCGGAGCAUGCCAGUUGGUCUCAGAUCGGAUGCUUGUUAAACUUCAUCGCCCAGCAGAUUGCCUCCCGCCAACUUCCGGAGAAUGACCUCCUGCUGGAAAAAGUAAUCACCUACCUGGCCAGACAAAGUGAGGAAAUUGCCGUUGGUCGAAUGACCAGGAGAGAGCAUUCCGAACAGGAACAGACCUGGCUGGAACUGCUCCGUUCCAACUGCCUUAGUCACAUUUCGAACGAGGAACUGCUGGAAGUUUCCCGCCAGGGUCGGUGCUAUCGAGUCACGGAAUACAUCCUGGAACAGCUCGAACGGUAUGAGGAAAUUUUCGACUGCUAUCUGCUUGACGAGUUCCGGCACGCCGAGCUGUUCCACUACAUUAGUCAGUACAGCGAGGACGGACGGAGAAAAGUGCUGCCGCUGUUUAUCAAAAAUUUCCAACAGAUUUUGGACAUCAAUUGCGAGCAAACGACGCGGGUCGCAACGGAUCAUUUUAUGCGGCAUUUGAAUCAACUCCUGCAAUUGCUGGAAGAUUCUCCUGAAAGGCUGUUUCACUUCCUGCGACAGCUUAUCAAGCAGGGAGUGCAGCUGGAAACACGUGACUGCGAAAAGUAUCUGGAGCUGCUGUGUCACUACCAACCGGAGGAGGUGAUUGAGUUUCUGAAAUCGAACGACUCCUAUCGGUUGGAUUUCGCCGUUGGCACAAUCAAGGGCCAUGGGAUGAAUACGGCACUGAUCUAUCUGUACGAAAAGCAGGGUGAUUACCAGUCUGCGUAUGCCGUGGCGGUGGAAGCGCUCAGAGACGCUCCGGAGAGCACCGCGGAGAUGUGUGCCUUGCAGGUUUCCGGCUUAUGCUCCCGUGCCUCCUCCGUCCUGUCGGAAGCCGAACGCCAAGAACUGUGGUUCUCCCUGUUGAAGAUCGUCCUCUCCCGGACCGAUCUAACGCAGAUCACGAAAAACAUUCUGCACGCGGCGAGCGAGUUUGUCGACCUGGCAAAACUGGUCCAGCUGGUGUUGACUUCCGGUACGAAAACCGGCAACUUUGGCGACAUCAAACACGUCCUCAUCGGUAUGCUCUCGAAUUCGGCCUACGAAACUGUACUGCUGGAAACCACCUCCCGCAUUCUGGGACGGGACCUGCACGCCAUUCUCGCCAGGGAACGUCGCUUUGCUCGGAAAGGACUCUGCGUGAAAUCCAUCAAGUGCACCAUCUGUCGUUGUAAACUUUACAACGCUGCCAAGGAUGCGGUCGUGGUCUUUGGCAACUGUGGUCAUGCACUGCAUAAAGAUUGCGCCAGUCGAUACUGCACCGUAGCAACGGAUUCUCCAUCAACCGAGGCUAACAGCGUGACCAAAUUGAGAUGCCCUCGGUGCGACGUAGUCAUCAGUGAACGGGAAUCGGUCAGGACUUCCGAGUGUCGUGCGGAUCUGAGCUCGGUCGACGUGCACAGAGAAGCUGGAACGACCGAUCCCAGUGCACUGAAACUGAGUGCUCCCCCGAGGAUCGGACUGUAGUGCUCUUGAAAUGAUCUCUUAAAUAUUCUGCUUUGCUGUUUCUUCGAUGUGGAUUAUUUCCUACUCCUAAUCAAGCAGCAUUUGCCAUCUUCUUGACCCUGACGAGCGCCAGGCCGCGGACGGACGGGGUAAGUUUUUAAAGACUACUGUAUUACAUUCUGCUAUUACUAACUAGCUGUGAAACGAUGAUUUCGCUGAUUUUAACCAACGUUUAGCAUUUCUGUUGCCAAUCAAGAUAUGAAAGCAAAUACUGAGCAAAGAUUAUUUAGCAAUAUCUAUCCUACUUUGUAAGUGGAAAAUUAUCUAGGUUUAUUUAAAACUAUCAUGAUUAUUUAUGAAUUCUACGCAUCCUAUUUAGGUGAAUUUAAUAACGAAAACUUCUAACAUUCAGUAAGCUAAUGAGAACUAUAUCCAGUCGACUAAUGAAUAUUAGAGUAACCGAUAAUAUAUUGAACAAUGUUAGUCCAAAUUGCAGUUUAGGGAAAGAAAACCCGUGUCGUGUUUUGUAAACCGGA